UAAACACAGAUGAUAUCGAUUUUUCGUGGUUCCGCCUGAUAGUAGGGUUAAAUUUCGUCUAAAAAUUUAAUUUAAUAUAAUGUAUUAAAGGUUUAAAUUUUCGGGACUUUGACGCCUUUAAAGUAAGUAAAAUGUUCCGGAAUAAGCUCGUACUGGGGAUGAGUGUGGCUGGAACACUCGUCGGGGGUGCCGUGCUGUUGAAGGAUUGUAUGCAGGGUGCUCGCUUCCAGCGCAGUGACGUCCGAGCAGAUGGAAAAAUUGCUAUCGUUACUGGUGCCAACACGGGCAUUGGGAUGGAAACAGUAAUGGGGCUUGCCAACCGGGGUGCUACAGUUUAUAUGGCGUGCCGAGAUAUGAAAAAGUGUGAAACCGCCCGGACAGAGAUUGUGCUAGAAACUAGGAAUGCUAAUGUGUUCUGCCGGGAGUGUGAUUUGGCGUCGUUGCAGUCAGUGCGGAAGUUUGUCAAACAAUUUAAAACCGAACAAACCCGUUUAGACAUUCUGGUGAACAACGCCGGUGUUAUGCGGUGUCCGCGUACACUAACAGCGGAAGGAAUCGAAUUGCAACUGGGUGUCAAUCAUAUGGGACACUUUCUGCUCACAAAUCUACUGCUUGAUAUACUCAAAUUAUCUGCUCCCAGCCGAGUAGUAGUUGUGUCCAGUCUGGCACACGAACGAGGUAAAAUAAACAUCCAGGAUUUAAAUAGCACAAAAAACUACGACCCAGCAACUGCCUACGAUCAGAGUAAACUAGCUAACGUGUUGUUUGCCAGAGAGCUUGCAAAACGACUUGAAGGAACGGGCGUCACCGUGAAUGCUUUGCACCCGGGUAUUGUGGAUACGGAACUGAUGCGACACAUGGGUCUCUUCAAUAGCUGGUUUUCGAGCGUUUUGAUUAAACCGUUCGUUUGGCCCUUCCUCAAAUCGCCAAUAUACGGAGCGCAGACUUCCCUGUACGCCGCAUUGGAUCCGGAUUUGGAAAAAGUGUCAGGACAGUACUUCAGUGAUUGUGCCCCGAAGGAUGUGGCCGAGCAAGCAAAAGAUGAUAAAUUGGCUAAAUGGCUGUGGGCUGUUAGUGAAAAAUGGACCGGUACGCUGACGGGGACGGCUGCUGUUUCUUGACAGCGGAUAAUCAAGCAAAACGGCAGCAAAGACAUAAUAAUUUUUAGCGAGCCAAAUUUGCAGGAAUAGUUGAGGAUGAAUUGGAAGGUAGCAAGAAUAUAAGAAAAUAUUGAAAUAAUAAUAUUCAACUCCAUAUUUAACCGAAUGUUCGCGAUAUGCUAUAUGUAGAAGCGUAACGCUUAACACUUAACGGAUGACAAUUCGCAACACAAAUUCAAUCAUUUUGGUUGAAUUUUUAAAUGGCGUAAUUUACGAGAGUUCGCAGGAACAGAUUUAUUUCUGUAUUUGCAACUUCAAACCGCUGGUUUGCAUUAUAGUAUGAUAGAUGGAGGCAUAUAACGUGUAGGAUUGCGAAAAUGUAGAUUUGGCUCAAUAAA